AUGAGAGCUGUCUCCGAGGACCCAGCCGAGCUCGUGCCUUUCGUUUGCGCUGUAGUUGAUUCAAAUCGAAUUGCUGUAUAUGGAUUCAGGACCCGGGAGGGCAUUAGGGCCCUGGAAAUCAGGAAAGGUCCUGUAAAGGCCGAGCAUCGCGACCGAGCCCUCCAUACUGAUUUGAUCCCCAGGGACAUUGAUCAUAAGUCACGCAUGGUUGAAGGCGCUAUGAGGUUACAAAUGCCCGUAGUAUGCUGGUGCUGGGUCCUCGAACAUUUAAGUCCCAAGGUGGCAUGGCGGAAAAAGAUUGGCGCGGGCGGGUGUUAUCGCGAUAAAGAGGCCCGCGAUGUCGGACGGGUCACGUGUGUCCUCAAAGACUACCAUGUAGUAUUUCCUCACUGCCGACCUUCUCAAGAGUCGUAG